UGAUUCAGAAAGCGGACGCCAUCCGUGCGCAAAUCUGCCCACAUCUCGAAGAGCCGGCUUGAGCUGUUAUUUUAGGACCAGAAUGACGACUGCACCAUAUAACUAUUCCUAUAUUUUCAAAUACAUCAUUAUUGGUGAUAUGGGGGUUGGAAAGUCGUGUUUGCUUCACCAAUUUACAGAAAAGAAAUUUAUGGCAGACUGCCCUCACACAAUUGGAGUGGAGUUUGGAACGCGGAUAAUUGAGGUGAGCAGUCAGAAGGUGAAGCUCCAGAUUUGGGACACGGCGGGGCAGGAGAGAUUCCGCGCCGUAACCCGCAGCUACUACAGAGGAGCUGCCGGCGCACUCAUGGUCUAUGACAUCACCAGGCGAAGCACGUACAACCACCUUAGCAGUUGGCUGACUGACGCAAGGAAUCUCACCAACCCAAAUACAGUGAUCAUUCUUAUCGGCAACAAGGCGGACCUUGAAGCCCAGCGAGACGUUACGUACGAAGAGGCCAAGCAGUUCGCUGAAGAGAACGGCCUGUUGUUCCUUGAGGCAAGUGCAAAAACCGGUGAGAAUGUGGAAGAUGCUUUCCUGGAGGCAGCCAAGAAGAUCUACCAGAACAUUCAGGACGGCAGCCUGGACCUGAACGCGGCCGAGUCUGGGGUUCAACACAAGCCCACCGCCCCCCAGGGCGGCCGUCUCACCAGCGAUGCACAGCCCCAGAAAGAGGGCUGCAGCUGUUAAUGACCAUGGAGACUUCUUUCUUUUCUUUUUUUUCCCUCUUCCUCUCUCUCUUCCCAUAAUCGUCCCUCCAGACCCGCACCACGACCUGUCUUGUCUGCCACUCCCUCUCUCUCUCUCUCGCCUGCUGUGCGGUUGGAGUCUUGGGGCUAGGGCUGCUCUGGACGAUGGAGGGCUAGUGCAGUCAGCUUCUGCCAUUUACGUCUCUUCUUUCCAACGCGCGCCCCCCCCCCCGGUCAUGUUGCCUGUUUGUAACGUGCACACACUUGCAAGAGAGAGUCUCGUCCACCGAACACUAAUCUAGAAGGCUGAUAAACUGAAAGGUUUGUCAAUUACUGGAGUGGUGUGCAUAAGUGUAAAUGAAACAUCUCAUGAACAGGAGCUGUUUGAAUAUUGGGAUAAUUUAAAUCAAAUGAAAAUUUUGAUAUGUUAUUCUCAUUUAAAUGGAAACAAAACCUGUGUAGGCUGAAUCUGGUUUUAGAACGUGCUUGAGAGGAGAUGCAUGAUGAACUGUUAUUGUACAUUUUGUUAAAAAGAAAAAUGUUAAUUGAAAAUAUUGUACUGUUUUAAUUAGGAUUUAUGCCGUCACAAGUAACAAAUCGCCCCAUAUUUAUCUCUGUUUGUCUACUCAAGACAUAAUAUACAAGUACUAUACAAGUAUUGUUAAAAUCCAAAUAGAAGUUCCAUUGUAAAAAAAAAUUAAAAAUCAGAUGUUCUUCAGUGUGCUUCAGAAGCAAGAUGUAGAAUAAGACAGAGCAGUGGCAAUAUAUUGAAAGGACACAUUGAGUCCAUAAGAACACUUUUGCACAUUAGUUUUUCAAUGGCUUUGAACUCCUUUUAUCUUCAUAUUAGUCUGAAGUUCAUCACCUGAGAAUUUCAGCUUACUUUAAAUGGUCACCCUGUUUCGUCCUUGAAAUGUUAACAUUCCCAAUGUUUGUCACCUCAAUAUUAGCAGAGUAAGAAACAGACCAAUUGUGACUAACUCUGUCAGAGAAAUACAGCUUGGCACUGGCAAAUACUCCAUGCCCUUAAGUCAGCCUAAAUUCAGCAUAUAUUUUAACUUCUGUUGCCUUAUGAUUAGUUUCUGAUUUAAUGUUGUUUUUUCCUAUAAAUACUUGCUUGGUCUGUAAAAUACAGUAUGAAAUUUAAAAAAGUAACUAAAUUUAAUGCUAAAGCGCAUUAACCUUAAGCUUUUGAACCCCUUCCUCAACAUUCCUUUAGUGUACACACAACCUUUUCCACAGUGAAUUGGGUGGGUUUGGGUUAGCGUGCGAACUUGUUCAGCAGGACCUUACACUGAACAAGUUGGUUCAUCUCAUCCCUAAAAACAAUCAAGUUUAAUUGACCUAUGAAAGGAAAAUUCCUGUCCCCUAAGGAAUGCAUGUUCCAUAUUCCAGUGAUAGACAUUUGAAGGGGCUCAAAAGGCAAAAGGAAAUGCUUCAAAAUUUUUCUAUACAUUUUGAGUUCCAGUGAGAUUAUAAAAGUAUGUAUGUAGUUGUUUUGUUGUAAAGUUUUGUUUUUUUUUGGAGGCCAUUUUUCAUUUCUCAUGUCUCAGUGGUAACCUAUAUAACCUUCUGCUCUGAAACUGAGGUAUGUCUUCUGUAAGUGACAUUUGUUUGUAAUUAUGUUAAUAAAGACAAUACUGUA